AUUUUAUAUGGUGAUAAUGAACACCACCCUAGCCCUAUGCAGUGCACUACUUACAAUUAACUUUCCUGUAGACAGUGGGGGCAGCCUCCAUCAACCCUUAUCCACCCACGGCCAUACCCACCACCAUCUUCACUCUAAUUUGUGGUCUUUGUGUGGUGUAAAGUUGAAAAGUCAACGGGUAACGUAUGGGUUUGGUGGUGGGGUGGUCGACUGCUAGUGGGGUGGACGUACGUCAUACCUACCAUCGCCAUCCUCCAUCGUCAUUAUCUACACCCAACCACCCACCACCCAAUCCCACCCUCUUAUUUACUCCAAUCCACCUCCCCCAAAUCAUCCCAAGAUUAAUCUUUCCUCCGUUCUAUCACCACCAAUCCUUUCAAGAUUCAGAUCCAAUCCCAUGUCCACCACCGUCGCCGUCAAGCCAGUCCGGAAAUUCCCGCCGCCGUGUUGGACGCGUGACGAGGCGCUUGUUUUAAUCGAGGCUUACCGUGAGCGAUGGUACGCCCUCCACCGUGCCUUCCUCCGAAACCCUGACUGGGAUACGGUGGCUGAGAAGGUAACGACAUCAUGCCCGGAUGUAACCCCGCCGAAGACCUCCGCCCAGUGCCGCCACAAGAUGGAGAAGCUCCGCCAGCGCCACCGCGCCGAGAAGCAGCGCGCGUCGUCCUUCCCCGGUGGUCGGUUCUUCUCGUCGUGGUUCUACUUUGAAGCCAUGGAGGCCAUGGAAAAUGGACCCAGUUCCGAACUUGUCAACAAUAAUUCGACCAAUCUUGAAAUCAACAACGCAACCCCUGUUUCGGAUCAUCAGAGCUUGAAUCCGGGCCGUGGAAUUCGAUUUAAACCUUCUUCUGUUCAAAAUCUGGUAACAUUAGCAGCUAGUUCCACCAAUCAUACUCCUGAUUUCGAUUCUAGGUUUUCAAAUCACAAUUCCUCAUACACGAACAACUGGUCUAAUCAAGAAGACGACAACGAAGAUGGGUAUCUUGAUGAUUCCACAAUCAACGAAACCCCGAUUCACCCGGGGUACAAAAAUCACAAGACUUCUCCGUUCACCGGUGGAAUUCGUCUAAAACCCUCGAAUCCUUCUCACCAUGAACCCGCCCACCUCAGACCAGCAAGAAAGUUUAGCAAGGUUGUUCAUGAACACGAAGUCGAUGAAGAUGGCGAAGUGUGGGUUAAAGUGCCUAGAAACACAAAUUUGUUUCAGGGGAACCAUCAAAACGGUAACAGUUGGAAUCCUAAUCCGAAUCAGGGGAAAAAAAGAGGGAAUGGAGGGAUACAGGAGGUGGCUUCUUCGAUUAAGCUAUUAGGAGAUGGGUUCAUGAAGAUGGAGAAGAUGAAGAUAGACAUGGCUAGGGAGAUUGAAAGGAUGCGAAUGGAGACAGAGAUGAAACGAAACCAAUUGAUAUUGGAGUCACAGAAGCAGAUUGUGGAUGCGUUCUUGAAGGGUUUGAUUGAAACCAGGAAGCAGCCAAGAACAGAAACAAUGGCGGAUUAGUAGCUUCUGAUAAUGUGAUUAGUUCUUGUUUACAGUAAUGUGUUUUUAGUUGAGAUUAACAUAGUUUUCCUUAAAACCUCAUUACAUGUAAAACUCUUGCACAUUAUAACUCUCUCCUUUUCACAUAUAAUAAAAUCAAAAAGCCUUGUCCAA